AAACUAGUUCAUUUUAUAGUUAGUAAAUGGGUAGAACAAACAAUUAGAGCGGUUGAGGAGAUAGGAGAUCAUUCAGAAAUGGAGACUUGAAGUGAUAGCUCAUAGCAUUGUUUUUCUUCAUUGUAUUCCAAUUUUGAGUAAAUAAAUUUCUGAGAGAAUGGACAUAUUUGCUGCACAUAUUUGCUGUACCCCUUCUUGCGACAAGAAGAUAUGUGCAGCAAGGAAAUUUAAGUACUUGGGUCGUCAGAUUAGCGAACUUGUCGGCGAGAGGCAACAUCUUAACAUUAAAAUUGAUGUCAUAAGUAAAGACUUGGCCCGGCUUGAGGAUGGGGACCGACUGACGAACCUUCUUUUAUCUCAAGAUCCUGCACUCGCAUUCCUCAAUCUUGAUCUCGACUUGGACCCUGAGAAGGUCAAGGCUCAAAUGGCAUUGUUCAAAGUAAUGGUUGCCGAACACAAGGACAAAUUUGAGAAUGGUGUCCCCAUAGGACCUUUCUUUUCCAGUUUUACUGUCAAGGGCGAUCUCUGGUGCAAUCUUAUCGAGAAAAUCCUUUCCCCAUACUUGUUCACGUUUGUGGUGGACAGUUUCAAGGACAGGGUUACUCUUAGCGAACUUUUUGCCGAAUUCAGAGGCCCUGUCGACUCGGGGGUUUGGUAUGCACAAGCUGCAACGAAUAUCAGAAUUGUCAUUGUCCCCUUUUCGGAAACCUAUACUCCACCUGAACGACCCCCACUCAUGGAUAAAUUCACCCUUAACUGCACGUAUUUGUUGGAGACACUUAAAUUCAACGAAGAGUCAGAGGCGAACCUGUGGAAAUCAGCCAUCGGAAACAAAAGCAAUAUGGAAAACAUUUAUCUCUUUCAAAAUGAACAUGACGCCUUCAUCUUUAUGCAUGCUCAAUCCAGCCGUCCUCCAACCUCUAAAGCGUUGGCAUACAGCUUGGACGGAUAUAAAAUAUUUCCCUUUCCUGAAUUUAAAACUGCAGCUAUUCGAAUUCCGAAGCAAGCCUCGUUCCUCGAGGUUGAUCGGGGUGGCGAUAUAACUGCACAUCCUCUCAGAUUUCUAAAAGCCACAUUGGAUGAUCUCAUCGAAACCAGGAAACUUUACGACCUCGCCAUCAACGAAGCACGAGACCUUCAACUCGCUGCAUUGGACGAUUUGGAAUUUUUAAAGCAGCUCGAUCGUAAAAAUCGUACCCGCAAACAAGCCGCUGACCAAAAUAUUACCCAUUGUUCUCAGAAAGAAGGUGUCGAUAUCGCAGCAGAAAACACAUUCCAGACGACAUAUUUGUAAUCCGGUCAUUAAUUUAAUGAUGUCUAGUCACAAUUAAAUUUUUAGUCUACAAGCUCAAAAGCAACAUUUAAAUGAAGAAUGAAUUGUCAAUUUUGCAAUAAUAAAUAAGUAAAUUAAAAAUCA